AUGGCUCGGAUUACAGAUCUGCCCUGCGAGAUUGUCGUUGCUGUGUAUAGGCAGCUAGGGCACAUUCGGUUCCUUCUCCCUUGCGUUCUCACAUGCCGCCACCUUUACUACUCAUAUAAAGCAUAUCCCAGCUUGGGCAUCGAAUUCCUGGUGCACCAAGUUAGCAGGGAUCUGCUUCCCUACUCAAUUGCAGCCUAUAAAGUGUCUCAUUCACCCACUCCAUACACACGCUUAACGAUUCUAGAGCUGCUCAGAACUCUGAAUCAUUCUCCUCAAGUUUUGAUCGACCGACUCCGUGACUAUCCGCUGAUAGCACUGGUAAAGAUUGAACAAACCCACAAUCAAGUCGAAAAGUACAUAAAUGUGUGUGAACCGGAAGCUUGGAGACUUACCGCACAACCAGCCAUCCGACCACGCUUACGGGUUUUGACCAGAGAUGGGCAUAAAACUUUCCAAAGACAACAAUUCUCCUUCAAACGCGCCUUCUAUCGUUUCCAGUUGUACGCAAGGUUCUUUCGAGGCAUCAGUGGCCGCCUGGAUCAACAGAUAGAGCUGUUCUUUUCCGACUACUUGCCGUCGGAGAAUCGGCAUCUCAUUCGUAUUUGCGAUUAUCUUGAUCAACACGUCAUCCAAGUGGCCGAGGCAGAGGAACGUCAUCAGAUAGAAUUUCCAGCUGGAUACAUGGUUUAUAUGGUGAAUUCUUGGUUGUAUGACAGAGAACAUGUCAGAUGGGCUAUAGAGCUCCAGAAGCCACUGGGUUUCUGA